UAGAAUCAACCUAAUGCAAUACUAAACUUAAAAAGUGUUACAUUGUGGAGUACAAAUGAAGUCCAAUGGAAGGCAAUGUGCACAUAUUUAACAAGGCCUUUUCCUUUUUUGCUUGCCUAUCCCACAAGACACGCCAUACAAACCCCACUCAUGAAAUUACACCGAUAAUGUUAUUAUUGUAGUCAAACUUUGACAAAACUUCGAAAACAAACUUUCAUGUAUAACAAGUUAUAAUCCUUGAAUCAAAGUAUAAUUUGUAAUGAAGCAAAGUAUAUGUUCUUUUACUCUCAUGUUUAUGUUAGGCAUAUGCAUUUGCAUUGUUCUGGACUUGAAAAAAAACAAACUUUAUUUCAUCUAGCAUAAUCAAAGUUCUUGUAGCGAAAAACCGCGAAAAAUGGAAAUGGAAAUGGGUCUCAAACUAACAAGAGUUGCUAAUGAAUCCUCUUCUACUGAAUUUCAAUUUGCAAAAGACAGAGCUGGCCCUCUUUUCCAGUCUACAGAAACAGACACAAUGUUCAUCCUUACUGUCCAUUUGAAAGGUUAUAUACAAGAAAAUAUUAAGGUUGAUAUUAAUGAAGAAGGGACUAUUAUUGCGAUAAGGGGUGAAAAAUCGGUUCAAGAAACGGUGAUGGUAGGGUGGAAAUUGAUCAAAAAAGAUGUAGAAGUUAGAAAAUUUAGUAAGGCUUUCAAGAUUCCAGAUGGGGUUAUCUUGGAUGAAAUUAAGGCUAGAUUUGAUGAUGAAAUAUCCAUAUUGACAAUUAAAAUGCCAAAGAAAGUAAAAGGGAUUCUUGGAAUUGAAUUUGUUGAAGUGAAGGAACAUGAGGAAUUGCCAAUUGUAGCUAACAAAAUUUCUAAAAAAGUCACAUUUAAAGAAGAUAUGGAUAAGCCAAAAGCAGAGGAAAAUCAAGGAAAACCACGUGAAGUAGUCCAAAAACAUGUUGUUAAGGAUGAAAUGAUGCCAAAUGAAGACUCAAAACAUGUUGUUAAGGAUGAAAUAAUGCCAAAUGAAGACUCAAAACAUGUUGUUAAGGAUGAAAUGAUGUCAAAUGAAGACUCAAAACAUGUUAUUAAGGAUGAAACAAUGCCAAAUGUAGACUCAAACAUCCAGAACAACGAUACGAUUGAUGAAACAAGAGAGGCUCGAGGGGAUUUUGUAGGUCAUGAUAAACCUGAAUCAUCGAAUUCGAGGGAUGAACAUAAAGAUGAUCAAGCUAGUGUAACAUCAAGGAAAAGGGAAGAUGACAAUGUGCCUAAGAAGAGCUCAAAAAUUUGUGUGCCUAUUGUUGCAGGAUCAGCCUUAAUAUUAUCUCUUUUUGUGUUUGUAAUUCAUCUCAUAAGAACUAAGAAUCAAUCUGUGAAAAGAAAAGGUUAAAAGGCUAACAACAUAGUAUGAAUGUUGUUAUUUUCUAAAACCUUUUUCUUUUACUUCUUUCAUUUGAUCGUAAAAAAAGAGAGUUUGGUGAUUACUAGGUUCAAUUUGUUGUGUUGUGAGUUUGUAAUUGAGCCUAUAAAAGCAUAACAUUGUUAUGGGCACUUUGUAUCACUUUUCUUUAAGGUGCGGUGGUGGUGUGAUUA